CUCGGAGGGAUCGGAAAAUCGAGCCUGGCCUUCCAAUACGCCACGGAAACGAAUAGAGCAUUUCCGGAGACUUGGGUAUUUUGGAUUCAGGCGGACACAAAACUUCAAUUUCUGCAAGAUUACCUAGGGAUGGCUUCUUAUUUGAACCUUAACGGAACCGAAGACUCGCCCGUAUCGACUCAGGAUGUAUCGAGGUGCUUACACGACAGCCGUUUUGGCGACUGGAUAAUGAUUGUAGACAAUGUGGACGACGAUGCAAUCAUGGACAGAGAGGAGCCACUGGUAGACUUGAUCCCUACAAAUACCAAAGGCUCGGUCAUCUUCACAACAAGGAGUAGAAGAGUUGCUGCGAGCCUCGUACCUGCCGACAACAUUAUUCGGGUGGACGACCCCGAUUCCAACGACGCUCGAGAUCUCUUCUGUCAGGAAGCGGGCCUCACACAUUCUGAACUUUGCGAGACAGAAAAAACCUCCGUAUCGGGACUUCUCCAGUCAUUGAAUCACUUGCCGUUAGCUAUAUGUCACGCUGGAGCAUUCAUAUCUGGUCAACAAAUUGCGGUUUCAGAAUAUUUCGAGAUGCUCAACGCAGGCGAGGACGCAAAGGCACUUCUUCUCGAUGAUGAAAGUUUUCCCCAAGGACCAGCCAGAGCGAAGCCAGUACUUCUCACCCUCUCAAUAUCUCUGGACUGUCUUUUGAAAGUCGAUACUCUGGCAGGAGAUCUUUUGUCGUUCAUUGCAUGUGUCAGCCCCCGAAAGAUCCCCAAGUCGCUCCUCCCAAGCGCGGUCGAUCACAGUGGGAUAAGCGUCAGUUUCUUAACGGCCUUGGGUCUACUCCGAUCACAUUGCUUGAUUACUGCAGAUAGUGACAAUCAAACUUUCUAUAUGCAUGCUGUAGUACACCUAGCAGCGAGGAGGUGGCUGAGAUCAAGGAGUCAAUUCCAUCAUUGGAUUCAGAAGGCCAUGAAAGCAGUGCUCGAAUGUUUCCCAACUGCUCCAUCACUUGAAUCCGGUAAUUUAUCUUCAUGUGCUCAAUUUCUCCCGCAUGCACACGCAGUCUUGGAAUACAAAGAUUUUCCACCAGAGCUCGACCUACCUCGAUGUUUGCUUGCUCACCGAUGCUCCCAAUAUCUUCAAAUUACAGGCCGCUAUAGCCAUGCCGAGUGGUUCUCAAGGCUUUCCGCAGACUUGAGUGGAGUGGUUUUUGGAAUUGACAACCCUGAUCAUUUGACGAAACAAGAGGAUCACGGCACUGUUCUUUACAGGAACGGGAAGUUUGCUGCGGCGAUCCGCCUGCAAAGAGCUGUCUUAGAGAAUCAACAGAGACUUUUGGGAGAGCACAAAGACACUCUUUCAAGCCUGAAUAAUUUGGGUCUAUCAUUGCAGGGUCAAGGACAAUACGCCGAGGCCGAGCAUUUGCAUCGGCGUGCUUUGGAGGGAAGGCAGAAGAAAUUGGGAGAAGACGAUCCUCAUACUCUCGCCAGCUUGAACAACCUCUCUCUGGUACUAGGAACACAAGAAAGAUAUCACGAGGCCGAAAUGUAUGCCAGAAAAGCAGUGUCUGUCAAGAGGAGGAUCUAUGGGCGAGAAAAUCUGGCCACGUUGUUGAGUAGUUCAGCUCUCGCCAUCUGUCUACAGAAACAAGGGAAGUUUUCUGAAGCCGAAAAGCUUCAGAGAGAGGUAUUGAGGAGUAGAGAACACCAGUUGGGCAAGCGACAUCCACUCACUUUGAACGCAAAGAUUGGUUUGAUUAGUACCCUUGCAGAUGAGGGUCAGUUCGCAAGAACGGAGAAGUUGGCACGAGAUCAUUUGGCACUCAUCAUUGAGGCUCUUGGCCCUCAACACCUUCAAUCGCUCCUGAUGGCCCACAACCUGGCUUUCAUUCUUCUCAGAUUGGGCAAGAAUGAGGAAGCAGAGAGACUUGCCAGAGAGUCUUUCCUGAGCAGAAAAAGGGUCCUCGGGGCUGAGCAUACUGAUACGAAAGCCAGCGAAGAGCUUCUGGACGAUAUACUCGACGCGAUCAAGGAAGAUAUGGCAACGACAGAGAAGGAAACUCAAGCAUCAUUUAUCCUGACUCCUCCAGGCGCUUCGAAAGUCAUCGUAAAAGAGGAAAAUUUGGAUGAAGUAAAUACGAUCAUAUCCUUGGACGAGAGCCCCCACGACCUAAAUGAGACAAAUAGCAAGCUCUCGGAGGAGAUGUUUCCUGCCGUCCCCGGAAAUGUGGAAUUUGACUCUACCACAUCGAUCGAGCCCGAGAUUUUCCUGACAUGUUCAUCCGUAAAGGCAAUGGGCGAGUGAAGCAGUCG